AUGGGGUGCAACACCAGCAGGGGUGCUGUCGUGGUGGACCCUUCUAAAAAGCCAGAGACCAGACCAGCGUCGGCCAGCUCAAACAGUAAGGCCACCGCUGAGGAGGCAAAGGAAACUACAGAGAAAGACAAAGAUGAAACAGAAGGUAAAGCUCUGGAGUGGGCCAAUGCGGUAUGGAACGAUCCUGACUCGGCGAAGGACCACUACCCAGCGGGUGAACGGCUGUUCCAUCUGAGGCAGGAGAAGAGGAGUGCUCAGGACUUUGCUCUAGAGUUCCGGACCUUGGCCGCUGUUCCAUCCCCCAGCUCCUCCACUCCAACGCCCAUGGAGCUAGGAGGUGCUGCAGCGAGGGCGACCGGAGGAGGGGGCCUUUCCUGUGCCAGCUGUGGUCGCAGAGGGCACACUGCUGACCGGUGCUGGGGGGGUCCUCCAGGGAGUCGAGACGCCAGGUCGAGCACUGCUCGGACACCUCAGCUCAGCCCAGUGGAGCAAAACUAUGACGUGGGGGAUCGGGAGCUGCUGGCUGUUGUCAGGGCCCUGAAGCCGGUCCUGGUACCAUGGCAUCAGAGCCAGACCGAGGCUCCUGUGGUGGACGAUUGGGUGAGACGCUCAAGGGAGACCUGGGAGGCCGCCCACGGGCCGGAGGUGGCUGGUCCGCUUCAAGAAGAUGAGUUGCGUAAGGUCCCUCUGCCCCCCCUGGACAUCGGGGGGGCGCCGGCGUAUGCAGUUCGGUCCAUACUGGACUCGAGGCGUCGGUGCAAGCCAUUACAGCAGUGGACUGCUGCAGAUGUUCAUGAGAGGCUGGAUGAAUACAGGAGGGAGCAGAGGUACUCUCACUUAUCUAAGGUGAUCCCAGCCAUCACAACAAUGAAGCAGGAAGUUGGUGCUGUCAUGCCGAUCACCAUGCCUGCUGUGAGGCCCAUCAUGGAAGUACCCAAUACGUUGCCUUACCCAGCCCAGACUAUUCAGGGCUCAGCUGAGCUGAUGGAACGUAUCCUUGCAAUGCUGGAGCGUGUGCUGGAGCAGAGACCACAACAGUCUGACCAUAGGUUCCAGAAAGGGAAUAGGAGCAAAGUGAAGUCUAAUGGGCCAUCAGCUUUGCAGCAGCAAGUGCAGAGAACGGCUGAUAUACUCACUGACUGCCAAGAUGACUUGACACUGACUGAUGACGGUUCCAGCCAACUUCACGAUACUGACGGACCUGACAGUUCAAGCGAGCCUGAGGUCUUACGUGACUUAGGUUUGACUGAUAUUGAUGUCAACUCCUGUCAAGCGUCUCCUGCUGGUAAGAAGAAACUCAUCCAGCUCAUAGCUGAGUACCAGUCUAUUUUUUCCAGGCACAAGUUGGAUUGUGGAAAAGCUUCCGGAUGUCUUCACCGCAUUCAACUGAGUGAUGAGAAACCCUUUCGGAUGCCCUACCGACGCCUUUCACCAAAUCAUUAUGAGAAACUCAAACAAGCAUUGAAUGAGAUGGAAGAACGUGAAAUCAUAAGGAAGUCUAGUAGUGAGUUCGCCUCUCCCCUUGUCCUUGUAUGGAAGAAGUCUGGAGACCUGAGACUCUGUACUGAUUUUCGUUUGCUCAAUGCUCGCACCAUCAAAGACGCCCACCCACUCCCUCACCAGGCUGACGCACUGGCUGCUUUAGGUGGAAAUGCCUUUUUCUCGACAAUGGACCUUACCUCUGGCUACUACAAUGUGGAAGUGCAUGAGGAUGACCGGAGAUUCACAGCUUUUACGUCGCCAUUUGGAUUGUACGAAUACAAUCGUAUGCCACAGGGGUUAUGUAAUAGUCCUGCAACCUUUAUGAGGAUGAUGCUAAACAUCUUUGGAGAUCAGAACUUUCUUAGCCUGCUGUGUUACCUUGACGAUGUCUUGGUCUAUGCGCCCACUGAAGAUCUGGCUUUACAGCGCCUGGAAAUGGUUUUUGAGCGUCUCAAGGCUCACAACCUGAAGUUGGCGCCAAAAAAGUGUAACUUUCUGCAGAGGUCUGUGAAGUUUCUGGGGCAUAUCAUUAGUGCGGAUGGUGUAGCUACAGACCCUGAGAAGGUGAGGGCCAUUACAGGAGUAACAGAAGCUGAUCUAAUGGAAGAUGGCACUGACAUUCCAUCUCAGAAGAAAUUGAGGUCAUUCCUUGGGAUGGUGGUGUAUUAUCAACAGUUCAUUGAAGGUUGCUCGACCAUUGCAAAGCCUCUCUUUGGAUUGACUACUGGACACAAGGCUCCACGCUGGAAAAAGAAGCGACGCUCACCUGUCAGGAAGUUGACGGCUGCCGACUGGACAACAGAAUGCAGACAGGCCUUAUUCCAGCUAAAGCAAGCCUUACUGGACCAGGUUUUGUUGGCCCACCCCAACUUCGAAAAACCCUUUCUACUCUCGGUGGAUGCGUCCAGCAAUGGCUUAGGUGCUGUGCUGUCCCAGGUGCAGGAACAGGGAGCUACAGCGAGACCUAUAGCCUUCGCGAGCAAGUCCCUCAGUUAUGCGCAGUCGAGGUAUCCUGCGCACAGGCUCGAGUUCUUUGCCAUGAAAUGGGCUAUCUGUGACAAGUUCCACCACUGGCUACGGGGACAGCAGUUCACGGUAUGGACGGAUAAUAAUCCCUUGACAUACAUUCUGACCAAAGCAAAGCUUGAUGCUUGUGAACAGAGAUGGGUCGCCAAGCUGGCACCGUACGAGUUUGACAUCAAGUACAUCCCUGGAAAAAUAAAUGUUGUUGCAGAUGCUUUGAGCAGAGAGCCCUUCGUACGACCCAGUGCACUCCAUCGCCUGACAAGGGUCCCGUACGAGACCUUACUAGCUGAAGCCGACGCUGUGCGCACAGACAGAGUGCAAGAUGUGUUUCGCUGGUCCAGCCACCCCUUUGACAAAUCCUCUGACUCUAACGAAGUGGUCAUUAGCUGUCAGGCUACUGUUGACCCCCCAUCUGGUGCUUUAUCAAGACAUGAAGUUGCAGCUGUUCUUCAUUCACACAGGUGCUGGGGGGAUGAAGUGGGCUCACAUGCACUGCUGUUGCCACAGCUUCCACAGGCUGUUAUGCCAUCAGAGCAGACCGAUGUCGAUGUUCUGCCACACGACCGACUGAUGAGUAAGCAGCGUGAUGACAACGUGAUCAGCAGAGUGAUCUUCUUUGUGGAGAGGGGGAGAAGGCCAUCCCGGAGAGAGCGUUCCCAUGAGACUGUUGAGGUUUUGUGUCUUCUCAGAAGUUGGGACAAGUUGACCAUGAAGAUGGGUGUACUGUAUCGAGUUUCAAGGAAUGUGGUUACAAAGAGGAAAACGUAUCUGUAUGUGGUUCCAGCCUCCAUGAAAGCAAUGGUGUUGAAGGGUGUCCAUGAUGAAGCUGGUCACCAGGGCCAACAGAGAACAGUCUACCUGACAAGACAGAGGUUCUUCUGGCAUGGCCUGGAGAGGGAGGUAAAAGCAUAUGUGAAGUGCUGCAGGAGAUGCGUCGUGAGCAAGACUCCUGAACCGGAAGCAAGAGCUCCUCUUGAGAGCAUAAUAACAACUGAGCCUCUUGAACUAGUGUGCAUAGACUUCUGGUCUGCAGAAGAUUCUUCAAACAAGUCCUUGGAUGUGCUCGUUGUUACUGACCACUUUACCAAAUUGGCUCAUGCCUUCUUGUGUCCAAACCAGUCUGCUAAGUCAGUAGCUCAUCAGUUGUGGAACAACUAUUUCUGUGUCUACGGGAUGCCUCGCCGUAUACACUCAGACCAGGGAGCCAACUUCGAGAGCGCUUUAAUAGCCGAACUGUUGAGUGUUGCAGGUGUUCAGAAGUCUCACACCACGCCGUACCAUCCGAUGGGGAACGGGUCCUGCGAAAGGAUGAAUAGGACGUUGGGAAACAUGAUCCGGGCCCUGCCAAAGAGAGCAAAGCACAGAUGGCCUCAGGCGCUGAAGUCCCUCACGUUUGCGUACAAUUGUACAAUCCACGAGACCACAGGCUUUGCCCCUUUCCUGCUAAUGUUUGGGAGGACGCCAAGACUGCCUGUUGACAUAGUCUUUGGCUCUGUCAUAGAGAACCCAGAAGUUGUCGACUAUGACCAGUUUGUUCAGUCUUUGAGGAGAGAUCUGAAAGAAGCCAUGAAUACAGCACAGGCAUCUGCAGCGAAGCAGUUGAAGAGGCAUGCUGACCUUUAUGACAGAAGAGUCAGAGGAGCACCAGUGGAGAUUGGUGAUCGAGUGUUGCUGGCUAACAAGGGGGAGCGGGGAAAGCGGAAGCUCGCUGACCGUUGGGAGGAUACUGUCUACCUUGUCACUGGGUUGAAUGCUGACAGCCACACUUUUAAGAUUCAGAACAGCUCCACUGGACGGGAGAAGACGGUACAUCGCAACCUGAUAAUGCCAGUCAACUUCCUUCCUCUUCCCCAUGCUGCCGUUGAUGAGGGAACAGACAUGUCUGGAUUAACAGAGUCUGAGGGCAUGAAUGACAGCCUUAUGGUCUCAGCUGCCAUGGACACUGCAGUGGAUGAUGAUGCUGAGUACAGAACAAGAGUGUGGGUGUCAGAAUUGCCUUCUGAAGGAACAGGUGACACAAGACUGGAGGGUGAUGUGCGAUCCUUGGAUGCUCAGGAUGUUCCACCUUUGGAUUCGGUGGGAGAUAUACUGCAGCUGGAAGGUCUGCCUCGGUCAGAGAGUCUUCAAGAAUCUGACCGAGACCGCAUGUUUACCUAUGAGGGCUAA